AUGUUUACAAUGAGAAAGUUUAGAAAUUUAGAAUUUGAAUUUAAAAACACUGAAAAAUUUGGGGGAAUCAAUAAUAGAAGUGAAAGGAUAUCUAAAUACAUUGAUAUUGAAAAAUCAAUUAAAGAUAAAGAAGAUUUUUCACAGGGGGUAGAAAUGAGUUUUAAUCCAGAUAUAUUAAACUCAAUAAAAACAUCACUAAUCAAUUCAGAAAUUUAUAAAUCAAAAGAAAAGUUACCUCAUAAAAUAUUCAAUGCUUUACUAUUUAAACCAUUAAAUUACAAGGAUUUAACUGAAAUAAUUGGAAAUGAUAUCAAUUUAGAAAAUUCUCUCAAAAGUUUAAUUUCUGCCGGAAUUAUAAAAAAGAAGGAAGGAAUGUUUAAAGUUAAUAAUUAUUUGAAAUAA